GUUCAUAAUCCAAAAAAAUAGAGUAAAGAAUAUAGAAUCUUUAUCAAAUUUAUUCUUCAAUUUAGAGCAAUAUUUUACGAUGUUUUCGGGUAUUUCAAGCGGCCAGUCGUCGCAGCGAGCAAUGAGGCCAGAACUUUUCGAGGAGGUGAAGCUGUAUAAAAAUGCCCGAGAAAGAGAAACGUAUGACAACAUGGCAGAUUUGUUUUCAAUCAUUAACACUCUUCAGUGUUUGGAAAAAGCAUACAUACGUGACGCAGUCACACCUAAAGAGUACACUGCGGCAUGUUCCAAACUUCUGGUACAAUAUAAAGCAGCUUUCAGACUUGUCCAAUCAGCUGAAUUUCCCACAAUAGAAUCGUUUAUGAAGAAAUUUAGACUUGAUUGUCCUGCGGCAUUAGAGAGAAUAAAUGAUGGUCGUCCGAUCACCAUCAAAGAUGACAAAGGCAGUACUAGCAAGGCUAUUGCCGACACAGUAUCUCUUUUUAUUACAAUAAUGGACAAACUGAGACUUCAAAUAAGAGCUGUUGAUGAGGUGCAACCAGAUCUAAGAGAUCUGAUGGAUACAAUGAACAGUAUGUCAAGCUUGCCUGAUGACUUUGAAGGAAAAGAUAAAGUUAACACCUGGUACCAAACUCUCAAUGGAAUGAAAGCAAGUGAUGAACUCACUGAUGAGCARGUGCGACAGAUGCUAUACGACCUAGAGCAAGCUUAUAACUCAUUUAGCAGGUCAUUACAGCACACAUGAACUGCUUUAACACAAUAUCAACAAAUUUGAGGUAGAAAUUUAAUGUUAUUUUGCACAAUAAGGGAUAUUGUGAGAAAAGAUUGUAUAUAUAUUUCACGGAACCACCACAUUCUAUUUCAUUUAUCUACAGGCAAAAGUCUUCGUUUUACUGUUUACUUCAUAUACUCUAGUAUUAGUGCUUUAAAGAACUUAUCUACAGUGAUUAAUUACUUAUAAAUAACAAAUAAUAAAUAAUUUUAGACACAUUGGGUACUUAAAAUAAAUAAUUUGUACAUUUUAUAGCAA